UUUAUAGCAAUAGGAAGAGGAUUGAUGACAAGGUGCUCUUUUGAACAAGAACUUGAGAGAGAGGAGCAAGAGGGUACUUCACUUUGAUGUAAAAAAAAUUGAUUGGGUGUAUGGCAAAGGGAAGUAGACGCAGUGGAGUUGAUUGCAUGCAGCCGAGUUUAGCGGAAGAAGAAACCGCAGUGAAGAAGUAGAUGCAUUUGCAAAGGGAAACAAAACCCUGUAUAUAUAAAAAGAGUGCCGUGGUGCCGAGAGUAUCGAAGAUUAUUGAUUUUCUUUUGAAAGCGAUUUUCCCAUCCACCGUGUCUAUGAAUAAGGGUGUUGCUGCUGCCGCCGACAAGGGUCUGCCUUUUUGGCAUGAUAAAGCUCUUAAUGCAGUAAAAGUCGUUGCACUGUAUUUUUCCUAUCGUCCAACUGUUGAGUUCUUCAAGGAUACUAUUGGUCUCGAAUUAACAGAUACUGCUUUGUGUGCAAUUUUUGUAUCUAUUAUUUAUGCAGCUGCUUGCAGUUUACCAGUUGAAUAUGUGAUGAUUCAGAUUCAGAAUAUGCAACCUGAUGCUGAAGGGAAAUAUCCAUACACCGGCUUUCUUGAUUGCGCUGUCAAAACCUACAAAGCAGGAGGAAUUUUGAAAUUUUACACUGGAUUCCCUCUCUAUUGUGUCAGGAUUUCUAUUGGUGUCAUGAUGGCAUGUAUAGCCAUCAACAACCUUUUGCGACGGUAGAAAAGUUGCAGGUUAUUGCCAAGUAGCAGUGAAGUUGCUUAUGGAAAAUUUGUCUAAUUUGCUGGAUAGACUUUGGUUUUGAAUAUUCUAACUUAAUUGAGCUUAUCUAUUGACAUAAGUUUUGCGAGGCUGUUUGAGAGAACUUAUGAAAACAGCUUGUAGCAUUUUUCAUAAACUUUUUUCAACAUAUUUUCAUAAGUUCUUUAAGAUAGCUUAUGGAAACAACUUAUAUAAAAAAACAAUUAACUUAGUUUUAUCUUUUGCUAUAGAAAUAGUCUAUGCAAACUUAUACAAAAAUGCUUAUUAUGAUAAGUGUUUAUGCUAUAAGUUGCUGGUCAAUUUCUAUAUCUCACUGCCCAAAUAAUAUUUUGGGAUGGUAUUAGAGGAUUGCAAAGUUUAAGUUUGGAUUUCAGUUCUUUUGUUAUGUUUAGAUUAUUAUAGUGACCAUUGGCUAUCCUAUUAGAUAAUUUAUUAGCUAAA